CACAGCAGCCUACCCCACCACUACAGUUUCCACCACAACAACACCUCUCUUGCCUCCUGCCAUCAUCACAACUCGUAGCAGGACACUGUUCCAGCCCUCUACACCUCUGCCUUCCACCUCUACACCUGCUGAUGAUCAGCCCACCCCUGCCACCCCUCACCGACCCAAGCGUGGCCGUGUGUUCUCUCCUCUUCCAUCUACGUCUCGUGGGUUGCUGGAUGAUGAUGAUGAAGACGUGGAUGACCCACAACCACUGCCUUCUGCUGAACUCCUCCCCUCUACAGCAGUGAGAUCAUCCAAACGGAGGAGGGGGCCCCAGAAUCCAGUUGUAGGGCAACCGCUGAGGAGUGUGGGCUCAACACUACGUGGAAGGGACAAGAGGAAAACUGUGUGGAGGCCUGAUUCGAAAAGUAAUCUUUCCAGGUUGCAGGUGACAUACGACACUCCAGGAAAAACCUCCGAUGUGUUUGAUGGGUUAGAAAACAUUGAUGAAUACUUCCACCAGUUCAUCGAUGACUACAUGCUGGCUAUGGUUACAUUGCACACUAAUGACAGGGUCGCCAAUGUUAUGAGGGGGAAGUAUAAGAAUCCUGAUUACACCCUGCAGGAUCUUGACCUCAUGGAGAUGAAGGCCUUCUUGGGUAUCCUACUCAUGACAGGAGCCAGGAAAGAUAACAGGACCUCCUCCAAUAUAUUAUGGUGCAACGUAGAAGGCAUUCCUCUGUACCGGGCCAGCAUGUCAGAGAGGAGAUUCAGGAUCAUCUUGUCGGCACUCCGCUUUGAUGACGCAACCACCAGGGCACAGAGAGUGAGGACAGACAAGUUGGCACCCAUCCGAGAGUUGUGGGAAAAGUUGGUGCAGCACUGCCAAGCCCUCUACACACCUGGGCCCCACAUCACCGUGGAUGAACAGCUGUUGUCGUUCCGUGGGCGUUGUGGGUUUCGGAUGUACAUCAAGAAUAAACCUGCCAAGUACGGUCUGAAGAUUGUGAUGGCGUGUGAUGCAGACUCACACUACAUGCUGAACGCCAUCCCUUACCUGGGUAAGGGCAGCACGCCAUCAGACCGGCUUCAAGGGGAGUACUUCACCACGACGCUCACUGAGGCAUACCACUUCACCGGCCGCACUGUCACCACGGAUAACUGGUUCACCUCCAUUCCUCUGGUGGACAAGCUGCAGGAGAAGGGGCUGCACCUGGUGGGGACGUGCGGGGUGAAGAAGGAACUACCAGCAGAGCUCCUCAAAAUGAAGAUGGCGAAUAAGGAAUCUUUGGCAGUCUAUAACCAUGCCAGAGACCUCACACUUCAGUGCACCCAAGUCAAGCCUACCAAGCGCCUGCAGCUCCUGUCAACCAUCCACCACGAACCCACCAUCAUCGAGGGACACAAGACAGACAUCGUAAUGUUUUACAACGCGACCAAGGGCGGUGUUGACACAUUCGACCAGUUGUGUGCCGCUACAGACACCGCCCGCAAGACCAACAGAUGGCCAGUCUGCUUGUUUUAUGGGAUGAUAAACAUCGCGCUUGUUAAUUCAUUCAUUGUGUGGCAGGCCAAGCAUCCAGACAUGAAAAUGACCAGGAGGCAGUACACGAAGAUUCUGGCAGAGAAGCUGUGCAGGCCAUCUGCGGUGCGGCGCCUUGGUAUCCCAAGACUGAGCAUCAGCCUCCGUAGCCUCAUACGUAACACUUUCAAUGUCCCACCUGAGGAGAGGCCAGCAACACAGCAAAAGAAAACUGAGAAGAGGCAGCGGUGCUUCCUCUGCCCCACCAGAGAGCAGGGACGAACCCGGGUCUGCUGCAGUGGAUGUGGGAAGUCCGUGUGUGCAUCCCACUACUCUGUCUUCUGCCCCUCCUGUUGCUAGGCGUGGAUUUUGCAGAGAACAGGUUGUCUCGCGCCCGUCGUGUGGUGGAAAAU